AGAAAAUAUAUAUAUAGUGACAGUCCAUCUGUAUCUAUAUAUAUAUAUCUGAAUCAAUCAAGAAGGUGAAGUGAUCGAUCGAAAUGGGAAGGCCCCCAUGCUGUGAUAAGAUUGGAGUGAAGAAAGGGCCAUGGACACCAGAAGAAGAUAUAAUUCUUGUUUCUUAUAUCCAACAAAAUGGUCCUGGCAAUUGGAGAUCUGUUCCUACCAACACUGGUUUGAUGAGAUGUAGUAAGAGUUGCAGACUGAGAUGGACCAAUUAUCUUCGACCUGGUAUCAAGCGUGGCAAUUUUACUGAUCAAGAGGAUAACAUGAUCAUACAUCUCCAAGCCCUUCUUGGCAAUAGAUGGGCAGCAAUAGCUUCAUACCUUCCCCAGAGAACCGAUAACGAUAUCAAGAAUUACUGGAACACCCAUCUUAAAAAGAAACUUAGUAGCAAUUCCGACCAAGAAAACCAUCAUCAUCAUCAUGGUGCUUCAACAUCAUCAUCAUCUUCCGGAGCCACCACCAUUGCCAAAGGUCAAUGGGAGAGAAAGCUCCAAACUGAUAUCCACAAGGCUAAACAAGCCCUUACUGAAGCCCUAUCACUUGACAACAAAUCCACCACUUCAUGGCAGCAGCAUCAGCAGCCGCCACAAACCACCACUAUUCCACCCAUCCACCACCAACCGGUGGUGCUACCUCCACCGCCGGUGAAUUUCACCGCCACCACUUACGCAUUGAGUGCUGAAAACAUCGCUCGAAUGCUCCCAAACUGGCUCAAAAACUCCCCAAAAUCUUCACAGACGAGCUCCGAAAGCCUCGGGCCUUUGAACCACCAGUUUCCAAGUCCUCCUGCAAGUGAUCAUGGCUUCAAAAACUACAGCAACUCGGAGGUUUCAGAGACAACAAGCUUCUUCCAGGAUGAAAGUAAACCAGAAAUGCCAUCACUUAGUUUCUUGGAGAAAUGUCUGGUUGAUGAUGCUGCUGCACAAGGGCAUGAAGGCCUUAUGAACAUGUGUUUAGAAGAAAAUGAUGACUUGUUUUAACUUAACUAAUUUGGGUUCUAUGUAGUGUUUUGGGUCUAGAAGUCAUUAGGGUUUUUCUUGUUAAUUCCUUUUUAUUUUCUAGAACUACUUGAAAGAAAGUGCAGGUUUAUAAUAGUGGCAAGUAUAGG